AUGUCGACUGGUGAUUUACCUCCACGUUUUCAACUAGCCCUCAGACGUUCACUAUUCUUCGGAAUAUGCUUUUGUUUUUGGCUUCUCGUCGGUACGCUCUGCUUCUCUUUACUAUCCGCGGUCGGACAAAGACGGGUACGGUAUGCUGGGCUCUGUUUGCCGUCUUUUACGGAUGUUGGUGGAAUGGUCAAAUUGGAUGCGAAGCGCACGGAACUUCUCAACGUUCUAUGGGCAGAGACUAUUUCUAAGUCAGAAGCUGACUGGGCGGAAAUGGCCAACCAAAAGCUUGAAAUGUACGAAAAGGCGCUUCUCAACUACUUGGGAUAUCGGGAUGAUUCCAAUGACCGGUCUUUCAUGGGGUCUCUUCGUAAAACGUUCUCAUUGACGACCACUAUCGGUCCAAUGAACAUUGCUGCUUUCAACACUGCUGGAAAAGCCUUCGCUAUUUUGUAUACACUUAUAGGGGUGCCACUGUGCUUGUUGCUCCGUCUCACAAUUGUGGAGGAAAUGAUUCGUCUAUAUGAGCGUGAAUCUUCUCGAAAAAUGAGAACGAACAACAUUUUUUUUCAGGGAAGAGCUUUACUGAUGCCUGUCUUGGGCUUCAUCUUCGUAUCUGCUAUCAUUUAUGAUAUUAUAGAAGACGGGACUGAUGAUGUCCCAUUCGUGGACGCUAUUUUCUCAAUCUUCUUACAGUUCUCUGCAAUAGGCGAAAUGGAUAGCAAAUUUCACGGCAUAAUUCCUUAUGUGAUUAUUAUCACUGGUGUUGCCAUGAUGAGCGCCGUGUUUUCUCAAAUGCAGCAUGAACUCGAGCGGUCGGUCCAUGGGCUGGAGUUCACAUUCUCAAAGUCAGUUUAUAUUAAUGUAACGAUACUAGAAGACUUCCAUCACUUUGCAUUUUUAACAGAAUAUCUUGCAAUUCAAUUGUUGAAAAUCAAAGAUCAAGAAUUGAUCUUCUCGAAUUUUGAACGAUGGAUGAGCGAAGGAAAGGGAUCUGUAAACACUAACCGAAUAGAAGAAGAGGAUGAAGAAGAAAGUGACUAUUAA